AUGGCAGGACUACAUAAAAAGAGGAAAGCAGACCUUGUCAAUGAAGGUGACGAUGACAGCGUGGAAACCUCAGACACCGAGAAUGCCAGCUCCAGUGAGGACUUGAGCAGCAGCGAAAGCGAUCCAGGCAAUGAAAAGGAUCCAGAGGAUGAUGACAUUGUGAACAUUGACUUCGAGUUCUUCGAUCCUACAGAUAUAGAUUUUCAUGGCCUCAAGUCUCUGCUGCGGACAUACCUCGAUGGGGAAGAAUUUGGCUGCUCCGAGCUGGUGGAAACCAUCAUCAAGCAGAAAUCAGUGGGCACUACAGUGAAGACUUCAGAGGAUGAUGAUCCGAUCGGAAUUAUCACAGCUCUCAAUCUCCAACGAUACCACCAGCUGGGCUUUCCCAAAGAAGUCCGCCUGUUUCUGCUGAAACACUGUCAGGACAAAGAAUUGAAGGCCAAGCUACAGGAGGUGUGGGACCAGGCAGGAACAGCACUGGUGAUCAGUGAGCGGCUGAUCAACUGUCCACCGCAGUUGGCCUCUCCCCUACAGCAUGCGCUAUUUGAUGAGGAAAUCCCAUGGGCUACAGAGGAUGAACCGUCCGAGGAGCUCAGAAACUCGUUCAAAUUUGAGCGGUUCCUGUUUGUCUCGCGGGUGUAUCAGGACAAUUUGGAAGCGCCAAAGCCGUCAGGACCGGGAGACAAGAAAGGGAAGAAAAAGAAGGCGAACAAGCAGACAGCAACCAUGGUCUAUGCGAGACCGGAGGAUGAGUUCUACCACAGGCACAGCAGCUGGUCGUACACCUUCCCUGUGACUAGCAGGCCGGUGCAGAAAGACGAAUUGCAGCCGUUGAGGCUGGUGAUGCUUCUGUCACCUGACCAGGCAGCCAGAGCGCGGAAAGAACUUUAUAAAGUGGUGGGUAAUGUGGCGCUGAAUCAGCCUGAGGCUGCAGCGGGUGCUACAUGA